AUGAUCAACAGCUAGCCGCUGAACUUAAAAGGAGGUGGCAGUACAAUUAUACAAAACUCAUAAAUAUCAAAGCAGCAGUAAUAAUUCUCUAAUCCUAAUAGAAAAUCACAAGGAAAUCAACUCUCAGAAGAUGUGAUCAAUGGAUACCGACAAAAUAAAACUAGAGGUGGGCUAAGAUUUAUGAGGGACUUUAGUUCUAAUAAAGAAGAUAAACUUCUUAGAGAGUAUAUGGAGAUAGAGUAGGUCUUUAAAAAUACAAUGUUAUUUCAAAAGAAUCAAUAUAGGCCAUAAACCUAAUAAAUGCAGCAAUAAUAGUCUUACUCUAAAGAUAAAAAGCAUAAAUUUGCUAAUGGAGGUGAUGAUAAAUCUUAAUCAAUGUUUCAUUCACUUAGUGAGUAAUAGUUUACUGAGAAUGAUUAUUAAGUACCACAAAAAUUAAGCCAGUAAGAUAGAAUGAUUUCUACUCCAUCAUUAAAUGUAGAGUUUUUCUUUGAUCAAAGAUUUAAGAGAAGAGAUAUCUGCACUCCUGUGGUAUAGAUGCAGUAAAAGAUUGACUCUUAUUUCAAGCCAGAAUACAAGAAAAAAGCUUCUAAUAACAAAUAAUAGUACAUCAAAUUGAAUAGUAAAGCAUCUGCUGAUCUUAAUCAAUAAGAGAGCUAGUACUCAAGGGUUGUAACAAGCAAAAGAACUUUGAACAAGAAUGAGUUGAGCGAUUCAUUCAUAUCUCUGGGAAAAAGCCCUACAAUAAAAAGAAACUUAAACAACCAAUUGAUAUAAAACCCCACAUUUAAAACUCAGUCAUCAAAAUAAUCUUCUUUUAAUAAGCAAGAUCAUUCUUAGAAAGAUGAUUUGUUAUCAGUAAGAGGUUCACCUACAAUUCUAAAUGAAUCAGGUCUAAAUAAAAACUAGCAAAACUAUUAAUUUGGUGAUUAUUAGCAAUUUCAAAACCAAUCUGCUCAAGGAUUGAAGAUGCAGUUAAUACCAACUGAAACAUUACAAAAUUUGGAAAAAUUAGAAAAUUAGAGCCAAGAUCGAUAAUCUCCUGAAUUUUAAGAGUAAACUCACCCAGAGGUUUUGCUAGAGUAGUAUGAUGACAAUGCUAUGUCUUCAGCAGAUUAAUAUUAAAAUUAAUAGUAUACAAUGGAUAAUGCUGCAAUAUAAAAUCUAUUCAGGCAGAAGUAUAUAUAUUUGAGAUAGGCUCUAUCUGAAGAAGAAAAGCAGAAAUUACUUGAUAUUUAAAAAUAGCUGAAGUUAAGGAAAAAACAAAAAGAGAGAUAACUUGUCAUGAAUUAGAAAAUAAAAGACUAAUUGAAAUAGUUUGAGAAUGAAUUUGAAAAAUCCUAUGAUGAAUCCUUUGAAAAAGGACUAGAAAAACAUUUAAAUGAAAACCUAAAGCAAGGCAAUAAUGUUUAAGAAUAAAGGCCUUCUAAGAGACUCAACCGCAAUUUUAGAGGCAAGACAUUGGUUAAGUUUUUUGCAAACAACUAUAACCUUUCAAAGCAUCAGAUGACAGCCUCUAAUAAUACAAAAAUGUUCCUACAUCAGCAAAAAGUUCAAAGAACAAUGAUUUGA